CUGAGUGCAUAACAGACUAUUGAUAUCAACCGCUAAAGCCAUGCACCAGUGACAGCAGUGACCGGGGGGGUUCAUUGCUGCCUCGGUCGACACAACCAGCUGCUCAGCUGCAUUCCUAUGCUCAGGAAGCAUACACUACAUGCAACUACAUUACUAAAGUAAGUUUACAGCUCAGGAAGCGCGGCGGUCUCAGCUUGGCCGUCAGCGACUGCCUGAGUUUACUGGGGGGUUCAGGGGCGCGGCAGGUGCGAGGUUGCCCCAAGGAUCCCACAGGCCUCGCCCCAGACUUCUCGCCCCUAUGUUCCCAACGUGGUCUGCUAGCCUAACACCCCCAGCCGCCAUGGCUAAAGGCACGGCCGCGGCCAGAGCUGCACGCGUCUACUUUGGGGGCAGGCCCUGGCCAGGCUGGGUGGGCCUGGGUGGCAGCUGGGCGAGCCUGGGCGGCAGCUGGGCGGCCCUGGGCGGCAGCUGGGCGGGCCUGGGCGGCAGCUGGGCGGGGGCUGAGCGAGCCUGGGCAGAGCCUGGACAAGGGCCUGGACAAGGGCUGGAAAGGAGCCAAAUACCAAUGGGUUACCGGGAAGUGACCAUUUUACCAACGUUAACCGAUGUUUUACCGUGUGGCCAACCCCUACCAAUCGAAACCGAUGCUGACUGACGCUGACCAUUGGUUUAUCAGGGUGACCGCCCGGUUACCGCCCCCAUACCGAUCGGUUUAAUAGGGGCUGGAACGGUAGGGUCACUCUAGCCGGUAGUACAGGUUUGCGGUGCCCCGGAGUGUGGUGACGCUAUGCAUGUGGAGACGUGUGCAGCAGGCCUUGGCUGCCUGCGGUUUGGCUCCUAGGUCUUUGAGGAGAGUUUCAAGGGUACGGGGGACAGUGCCACCGUGGCCCAGUGUAAUAACGUGUUUAGUAUCGUAGUGCACAGUCCACCCUGCAGCUCGCAUGGCAGUGGCAAGGGUGGCGUGCUGUGCUUGUUUUUGAAUGAGCUUCUCGCUGUGGUGCAGGUCAGAGGUGUAUCCAACUUCAAGGAUGUACACUGGGUAGGCCCCUUUGUUGGCUGGUGGGGAUGUCAUGAAGCAUUCUGCUUCGGACCGGGGAAGGUUCGGGAUAAACAGGAUGUCAGGCCGCAUCCUGUUGAGGUCUGCAGCGGGCACUUGCGGGCAGAGCCAGGACGGCGGCCGCAUGCCCGCACAGUACUCAGGCAGUUCAGCUCGGGAGGUGGCAUCCAUUAUCAUGUAGCCACCACCGUUGUGACCAUGGUGUAGGCAUUCGGCAAUCGUCCGCACUGCAGUGUUGUGUUUGGCUAUCCUAGCGCCAACGAGUUGGGGGUGCGCGCAGUGGCCAGCAAGGUGACCUGCGGUGCCACGCUCUGGGUCAGAUCCGCGGCUGCGCUGGGUGUGGGCACAGAGACCACAUUUGUCGCUGUCGCGUAGUUUAAACAAAGCCAGCUGGGCCGGGCAGAUGAGGCCUCCCUGACGAGCAUUCUGUAUGAACCGGCGUAGGCCGUGGCUGGCGUCCGAAUUCGUCAUGUACGCAUUACUGGCGCGUGGGUCAAGGCUGGGUGCUGCCUCGGCCCAUUUCUCAGUGUACAGAGUUUUGUUGGCGUGUCCACCACGGCAGCUGGGGGCCAUUGCCCUGGUGAGGCCCCGGUUUAGGUCCGACACGUAGUGCGUGGCUGUGCUGUCGUCGUCCCUGGUGACCGUGAAGGUCGGCCACCAGUGCCGGGCGUGCGGGUCGUUGUUGGCCGGUUCGGAUACAUCGGCGGGUUUUUCCUGGGUGGCGACGGCAGCCGCCCCUUUAUCGGCUUCCUCGUUGCCGUGUAGCCUGGUGUGCGAGAUCACUUUAAUCAGAGCGGUGGGUGCGCCCCGGGCGUGGCGUGCAUGGAGCAAUGCCACGAUUGAAUCCAGGAGGUCCCGAUGUUUACUCAGAUGCAGUCGCCGAGGCUCGUUAAUUGCUCGUUUGAUUAGGUACAAGGCAAGGGCAUUCGUCCACGAAUGACCACGGGGUGCGGGGGGUUGGGGGAUGGCUCCUGCCCCUCUCAGGACUAAAAUGCCCGAGUAGCUGUGAACAGCGGUGUGAACUUUCCUGCCACAGGAACAUACCAUACUUCCCUGCAGAUCUACUUGGGCCACACACAGGGGAGUGUGUAGGUGAAUCCCAAGACCUUUGUAAUGUGUGAUGUAACAGUGUUUCACA